UCGCUCAUGGUAUAUCGUCUUGCACCAACAACAAUCCCUCUUUCUAAUCUUCACAUCCCACGUUUUGAUCUUCACGUACUUUUCACUCUUGCGUGACGUCACGUUGCGAGGAAGAGAGAAAAUGAAGCAACGUUUAGAAAUCACUGCGAUAUCCGGCGAAGACCUACGAUUCCAUAAAAAGCCCUUGAAGAACGCCAUCGUGGUGGUCCGAGCAGAUUCUGCUGACCCCUGCAUGACGGAACCGGCAGCGGAGGACGGAACAAACCCUAGGUGGAACAAGAAGCUCACCUUGGACGUGCCAUUGCAUGGGGAGUUUAUUACCGUGGAAGUCCAUUGCAAGCGGUCGUCAUGGCGUGAUCAUAAGCUCGUCGGCGGAGUGAGGAUACCGGUUUCGGAAAUUCUCGGCGGCCUUACUCCAGCAAAUUAUCUACAUUUUUUGAGUUAUAGGUUGAGGGAUAAUUAUGGAAUACGUAAUGGUAUUAUCAAUAUUUCGGUGAAAUCGACAGCUCCGGCAUACGUGAUGCCAGGCCCGCAGCCGGAGUUGGGAGUUCCUAUGGGUGGAAGAAAGGUGGCUAGCAACGUAGUAGUGACCGGAGUUCCGGUUUGGUUUCCUCAUCAACCAUGUUAUUGUUAAAAAGAGACCAAGUCACCAAAAUUGUCCUCCGUUGCUUGAAAAUAUAUACUGAAUUCAUAAUUUACCGAUA